UAACACUAAAAUUUUUGCCCAAAAAAUGCGUAUAAAAACGAGUAAAUCUUUUUAAAAAAAACAAAUAACAAUUGAAAGAGGAUAACGAAAUGUCUGUACUGCGGUUUCUGGUAACGCGACAGGCGUUAGCCGCCUUGUCGAGGCCAAGAACCCUCAACAUAGUGCAAAACCGAGCGCAAAUCGCCUUGGCCUCCACUUUGUGCAACCAAAAUAGCAAUAAAAUUGCUCAGGAUCUAACCAAAACGAAUGCCAAUUUAAGUCUGACGCAAAUUAGGGGUCACAAACGAUUUGGCCACCAGGAGGAAAAGACUCCCAAAGUCACAAAGUACUUCCACUUGCUUAUCCUGAGUUUGUUUUUAAUUUCCGUGCUGGACUGGGGCAAAGUGAAGCGCUUGCUGAUGCCAAAAGUGGACGCGGAUGCUGGACAACGUCCCUCUUCGGCGGCUGGCGUUAAUGGCGAGGAUAAAACGUCGGAUUCCGAAUCGGAGGACUCAGACGACGAAGAAGGAGGUUCUGAUCUGCACCUGCACGAGGGCAAGAAGAUCCGCGAGAAAGUCGGUUUCCGCGAGAGAAAGAUAAUUGAAUACGAGAACCGUAUCCGGCAAUUCUCCACGCCGGACAAAGUGUUCCGCUACUUUGCAACCAUCCAGGUGCCCGUGGCCGAUGAUCGUCACGAAGUCUACAUGACUCCGACCGAUUUUUUAACCAGCAUGACACCCGGCAUGAAGCAACCAGAUGGCUUGGGUCUGGACCAAUAUCGGCGAUACGAUCCAAAGUCGGUUGGCGAGCAGCUAAAUCUGCACCUCGAGAAGAACAGCAUAUUUUACAAGCUUGGUUCUUUUGGACUGAUCACAUUCUCCGAUUACAUUUUCCUGCUAACCGUUCUCUCAAUUUCUCGACGCCACUUUGAGAUUGCCUUCCGCAUGUUUGAUUUGAAUGGAGACGGCGACGUAGACUGCGAGGAAUUCGAAAUGGUGGCCACUUUGGUGAGACAGCAAACCAGCAUGGGAACUCGACAUCGCGACCACGCCAAUACAGGAAACACCUUCAAGGGUGUAAAUUCAGCUUUAAUCACAUAUUUCUUUGGACCCAAUAUGGAUGAAAAGCUGACGAUUGAGAAGUUCCUGGACUUCCAGGAACAACUGCAACGGGAGAUUCUCUCCCUCGAGUUCGAAAGGAAGGAACCCAAUGAGGAGGGGAACAUAACAGAAGCGGACUUUGCUGAACUCCUUUUGGCCUAUGCUGGAUAUCCUUUGAAAAAGAAGCAAAAGAAACUAAAGCGAGUUAAGAGGAGAUUUAGGGACCAUGGCAAGGGCAUCUCCAAACAGGACUAUUUGGAUUUCUUCCAUUUCCUAAACAACAUCAAUGACGUGGAUACUGCCCUGACUUUCUAUCACAUCGCCGGUGCCUCGAUCGAUCAGCAAACUCUACAGCAUGUGGCUAAAACGGUGGCCAUGGUCAAUCUUUCCGAUCAUGUGGUGGACGUGGUUUUCACUAUCUUUGAUGAGAACAAUGACAACCAGCUAAGCAACAAGGAGUUUAUUUCGGUGAUGAAGAAUCGCGUGCAGCGUGGCUUGGAAAAACCUAAAGACACUGGGUUCCUGAAAAUGAUGCGAUCCGUGUUCAAGUGCGCCAAGGAAACCAAGCCCGUUCUGUUGGACAUUUAAGGAUCGAUACACUGUGGAUUCUCCCGCUCCAAGCGCCCCAACCUUAGUCAUUUUUCCUACGCUUACGCUUCUACUUACUAUUUAUUUUUAUAGUUACAUUUUAAUUAAAUCGAUUUUAGCUCAAUCUUUUUAAUUAUUGGACACCCAAGCAGGUUGUUUAAACUCGAUGAAUUGCUCUUGUACAUUUCACCAACUCUUGUGCACUUAAUACGUUUAUUUUUUUAUUACAAAUACAUAUGAUAAUAUUUAUAAAUAAAUACAAUUGAUAAGGCCCUGUUUAUUGGGAGCUUAUCGCUCAGUUCUGUAA